ACGUGGCAGUCCCAGUGCGCCUGCGCGGACCUGUGGUUUGGUGAAACUUGCCGAGAAGAUGUGGCCGUCUGUGAUGAAAACUCUCCUGUUCCUGGUCCUGUACCUCUCCUGCACUUCUGCUCUGUACUUCCAUAUCGGGGAGACCGAGAAGAAAUGCUUUAUAGAAGAAAUUCCGGACGAGACCAUGGUAGUAGGGAAGUACAAAACACAACUUUUUGACAAGACAAUCAACGACUACCUGCCGUCCAGUCCCGGGGUGGGGAUGCACGUGGAAGUCCGUGACCCGGACGACAAGGUUCUCCUGUCCAAGGCGUACAGUUCGGAGGGGCGUUUCACCUUCACGUCACACACCCCAGGAGAGCACGUCAUCUGUCUGUACAGCAACUCCACCAAGUGGGGACUGUUUGCUGGAGGGAAGCUGAGGGUACAUCUAGACAUCCAGGUGGGGGAACAUGCCAUUGACUACUCUCAGAUCGCUGCCAAGGACAAGCUGACAGAGCUGCAGCUGCGUGUGCGCCAGCUGCUGGAUCAGGUGGAACAGAUCCAGAAGGAACAGAACUAUCAAAGGUAUCGUGAGGAGCGUUUCCGGCAGACCAGUGAGAGCACAAACCAGCGGGUGCUGUGGUGGUCCAUCGCCCAGACCAUCAUCCUUCUGGUCACAGGCUUCUGGCAAAUGAGGCAUCUCAAGAGUUUCUUUGAGGCGAAGAAACUUGUAUAACACAAAUUUGCCGCAAAUUAGCUCAGAUUGCCUGCUAAAAACAUACAAAGACUAGUCUUUUUUUUCACAUGAUGUAACCAGCCACACCUAUGCUAUACAUUUGCACUGCUUCUUCCAAGGUAGCAUAGUUACUUAUAUUAGAUGAUAUUUGUGUCAUAGCCCAUGAUUGGUGAACUGACUCUGCUGUCUUAUUGGCUACAUACUUUUGCUGCAUUUGUGUUUUUCCAUUGGUCAAUUGGAGCCCACUGUAUAUUAGCAUGUUUUAGUGGAUAAAAGGAAAAUAUUAUGAAGAAUAUUGGUGUUUAUAGUUUCUGCUUGUUGUUCAUGGCGGAUAAAUGAAAGUAAAGCAGUGUUGAAGAAAUGCAUUUUUGGAUGAUGCAUUCUUUGUUAUCACGUGUAGAUAAAUAGUAUGUGUAGAAAUUUACAACAAUAUUAAAGGGUGAGCUGUGAAUGUAGUAAUCACGUUUUGGUGAAAUGAAAUGUGAUAUAUCUCAAGAUGUUUUAUGAUGAUUCAGCUUUGCAGCAAGAUAAAUUCUGAAGUCUCAAUAGCAAUGGAUAGUUACCUACUGAGAGCUCUUCUCCAAAGACUUUUAGUUGAAGUAGAUUGACUGGAUUUGAAGAAAAGUUGGUUGUAGUUUUCUUCUGCUGAUACAUUAAAGAAUUCUUGAUGUCUAUGUGAUCCUAUGGUGCAAUGUUGGGUUUCAUUACUUUAAAAACACCCUAAUACCAGAGUAAAAAAGAGUCAACAACUAUAAUGUAAUGGUGUAGACAGGAUUUUGUCCCAGCAUAGAGUUUUCCAGGACAGUGCACUCAAUGUACAUUGUAGGAGUGCCUUUGUGUAAGGCUUGUUCAAAGGUUUAAGACUAAUGCGAGUGCACAAAUUAUUACAUCAAGUUGGAAAAUUGCAGGAUAACAAUGCUGUUUAUUCGCAAAGAUCUGUUCAGUGAUAAAAGAUUUAGUUGAAGAUCCGGCUGCUGCUCAAAUAUCACACAAUGUUCAGUAUUUCCCUUGUAAUUUGGUUCCUACUGUUGGCUAGAUAGAUAAGUCCCUCCAGGAAAUCUGGUUGACUUUUUUCAUUAUCCUUCUUUGGUAUAAAGAGAAUGUUUGGGUAACAUGUAGGAGUAACUGAUGUAUUUCCCAGGUACAUAAUGUUACGUAUGUUAUAAGCAGUUAAGUGUAACUGCUGUUCAUUUCUUUGUUGGGAAGUGAUAUGUAUGUAGGAACUAGACCUGUAAGCCUUCAAUGUAGUAAACUUAUAGGCUGGGGCCUCUUAUUAUUUAUUAGUAAGGCAUGCUUGUCAGAUGUAGACGAUACACAAUAUUACAUUUGUAUCUUUAAUACUCUCUUCUAAGGCUGCAUUGUCGAAGGGAUAUCUCUGUAAUUGUUUUGUUAGCGUGGUGAAUGGAAUUACAAUGUUUAUAUGGA